CUUCCCUCCCACUUUCUCCCUCUGACUCUAAACAGCACUCAGUCGCGGCUGUCCCUUCACUUCCCGCUCCAACAUGUUGGCAGAAGGAGGAGGCGGAGGAGGAUGCUGCGCUCAAACCUUGGCGCGUUCUUGCCACCUCUUCGGCCAGCGCCCAGCGCCUCUGACUCAGAGCCACCUUUCACUUGUAUCGCCCUGAAGGAAUUAAGAAGGGAGGGUAGCCAGGUCCCCCAGGUUCCACAGGACAUUAGGAGCGCCCACAUCAGGAUCCCCAGAAGGAGCAUUAGCAGGAGAAAAGUAGAACACAGCAACUGUUCUACAUCUGAAGUGGAAACUAUUACCUCAGACGUCCCUGACACUUCUCCCUUUUCGGCACCAAGAUCCAUGUGGCAAGAGGCAAUAAGGAGGAAGCGCUACCUCCUGGACCGGGCUGGGGAGUCUGGUGAGGGGGAAAAGAGCGGUCAGGAGAGGACGAACAGAUCCCGGGACUGGUUGUACGAGUCAUACUACUGUAUGAGCCAGCAGCAUCCACUGAUUGUGUUUCUGCUGCUCAUAGUGAUGGGAGCUUGCUUGGCUCUGCUGACCGUGUUCUUUGCAUCAGGACUGAACGUUGAGGACCAUGUGGCCUUUGUGAUCACUGUGCCCACAGCGUUGGCCAUCUUCCUGGCUGUAUUUGUUUUGGUCUGCAUUGAAUCUAUUUUCAAGAAGCUUCUUCGGGUGUUCUCCCUUGUCAUCUGGGCCUGCUUGGUCGCAAUGGGUUACCUCUUUAUGUUUUCCGGUGGAAUCGUCUGUCCAUGGGACCAGGUGUCGUUCUUUUUGUUUAUUGUUUUUGUGGUUUACACGAUGCUGCCAUUCUCCAUGCGGGAUGCCAUCAUCGCCAGUGUUCUCACCUCUGCCUCGCACACUGCUGUGUUGAGUGUAUGUCUGUCCACUACAGCUGCUCAUUUGGAACCAGUCGUAUGGCAGAUUUUGGCCAAUAUCAUCAUUUUCAUGUGUGGGAACAUGGCAGGGGCAUACCAUAAGCACCUGAUGGAGUUGGCACUCAAACAGACUUAUCAGGACACCUGCAACUGCAUCAAAUCCCCCAUUAAACUGGAAUUCGAAAAGCGACAGCAGGAGCGUCUGCUGUUGUCGCUACUACCUGCACAUAUUGCCCGUGUGAUGAAAGCAGAGAUCAUCCAGAGACUAAAAGGACCAAAUUUUGAUCAGAUAGAGAACACAAACAAUUUUCACAACCUAUAUGUUCAGAGACACACCAAUGUCAGCAUAUUGUAUGCUGAUAUAGUUGGAUUCACACGCCUUGCCAGUGACUGCUCACCCGGCGAGCUGGUACACAUGCUCAAUGAAUUGUUUGGCAAAUUUGACCAAAUUGCCAAGGAAAAUGAAUGUAUGCGGAUAAAAAUCCUUGGUGACUGUUACUAUUGUGUAUCUGGCCUACCAGAGUCUCUACCAAACCACGCCAAGAACUGUGUUAAAAUGGGUCUGGACAUGUGUGAGGCAAUCAAGAAAGUGCGUGAUGCCACAGGGGUUGACAUCAAUAUGCGUGUUGGCGUGCAUUCAGGGAACGUUCUGUGUGGGGUCAUCGGACUUCAGAAAUGGCAGUAUGAUGUCUGGUCACAUGAUGUCACGCUGGCCAACCACAUGGAGGCAGGAGGUGUGCCAGGGCGAGUCCACAUCACAUCAGUGACACUAGAGCACCUAAAUUCAUCCUAUAAAGUAGAAGAUGGGGAUGGGCAGGAGAGAGACCCUUAUCUCAAGGAGCAUGGAGUCGUCACAUAUUUGGUUAUUAACCCAAAGGUGGAGCGUCGCAGCCCGCAACAUCACUACAGGCCCAGACACACUCUGGACGGAGCCAAGAUGAGAGCCUCUGUUAGGAUGACCCGCUACCUGGAGUCUUGGGGGGCAGCCAAGCCUUUUGCCAAUCUGCACCACAGAGACAGCAUGACCAACGAGAACGGCAAGAUCAACACAGCUGACGUGCCAAUGGGACAGUAUCAUUUCCAGAGGAGAUCAGAAAGGACAAAGUCUCAGAAGAAGCGAUUUGAGGAGGAACUUAAUGAGAGGAUGAUCAGGACCUUUGAUGGGAUAAAUUCACAAAAGCAGUGGCUCAAAUCUGAGGACAUUCAAAGAAUAUCAUUGUUCUUUCACAAUAAAUCCCUGGAAAAGGAGUACAGAACAACAAUCCUGCCAGCCUUCAAAUACUACGUCACCUGCGCCUGUCUUAUCUUUUCCUGCAUUUUCAUUGUACAGAUACUCGUCUUACCAAAGACAGCAGUCUUAGGGAUCUCUUUUGGGAUGGCAUUCUUUUUCCUUUCCUUGGUUGUCUUCAUAUGUUUCAUUGGACACUUUGUGCACUGCAACAAAAGCACUCCCACUUCAUUGAUGUGGCUGCUAAGGUCCUCCGUCAUUAUUGCUAACAAGCCAUGGCCCCGAAUCACACUCACCUUGACAACGACAGCUCUCAUACUCACUAUGGCAGUAUUCAACAUGUUCUUUCUGGAAAACAAUGUGUUGCCUCCAGUUGCUGUCAACAGUUCGUCCAAUGAAACACAGGUUUACGCUGAAGGACAACCAGCUGCUUUUACAGGCAAAAACAACUUCUACCUUCCCUAUUUAAUUUACAGCUGCAUUCUGGGCCUGAUCUCUUGCUCUGUGUUCCUGAGGAUAAACUAUGAGCUGAAAAUGAUAACCAUGCUGACAGCCGUGGUGGUUUACAACGUCAUAAUUCUCCAAACACACGCUUCCCUUUUGGAUGAAUACAGCAGAUUCCUGUACAAAUCUGAAAGCCUCGACAGACCAGGAGUCCUCAAAGACCUGAAGACUAUGGGCUCUAUCUCACUCUUUAUUUUUUUCAUCACUCUACUUGUGCUUGCUCGGCAGAAUGAAUAUUACUGUAGGUUAGACUUUCUGUGGAAGAACAAGUUCAAAAAGGAAUGUGAAGAGAUUGAAACGAUGGAAAACCUCAACCGUGUCUUGCUGGAGAACGUUCUUCCUGCACAUGUUGCUGAGCACUUUCUGGCAAGAAACUGGAAGAAUGAGGAUCUGUACCAUCAGUCAUAUGAUCUGGUUUGCGUCAUGUUCGCCUCAAUUCCAGACUUUAAAGAGUUUUACACGGAAUCAGAUGUCAACAAAGAAGGAUUAGAGUGUCUCCGGCUUCUCAAUGAGAUCAUUGCCGAUUUUGACGAGCUAUUGUCAAAGCCUAAAUUCAGUGGUGUGGAAAAGAUUAAAACUAUUGGAAGCACAUACAUGGCUGCCACAGGUCUCAAUGCCUCACCCGGACCAGAGUACCCAUCACAGGAACAUGACAGACAGUACAUGCACAUUGGGACCAUGGUGGAGUUUGCAUUUGCUUUAGUGGGGAAGCUGGAUGUUAUCAACAGACACUCUUUCAAUGACUUCAAACUCAGAGUUGGUAUCAACCAUGGUCCAGUAAUUGCUGGAGUCAUUGGCGCCCAAAAACCACAGUAUGAUAUCUGGGGGAACACCGUGAAUGUUGCCAGUCGAAUGGACAGCACGGGGAUACUGGGAAAAAUACAGGUGACAGAGGAGACAAGCCGCAUCCUUCUGACUCUGGGCUACAUGUGCUCCUGUAGAGGCAUCAUUAACGUGAAGGGCAAAGGAGAGCUCAAAACCUACUUUGUUCACACAGAAAUGACCCGCUCCAUAUCUCAAGGGAAUAUGAUGCCAUGAGACUUGAGUUGAAUUAUUUAGGCUUCAGAGCUAACACUGAUAUCAGAUUGGAGACUUUUUUUUAGUAGCAGUGGAAAAAAAAAUUGUACGUAUUGGGGAAAAAAAGACCAAAACAUUUUUUGUCCUGCUGCAGCUGUAGUAUGUAUACAUGUGUCCCUUUUGUAAGUGUAGCAUGUACAGGAAAUAAAACCAUGAAUAAUCAUUUAAUUGUUGGAUUAGCAAGGUAAAGUGGCAGGGAUCAAGCCAGCCAAGCAAUUCCAGCUCCAAAAACAAUCCAAAAGUAUACUUUUACUCAAUUCUGGCAGGCUUCAGAGAGCCCAUUACUGCUGGUUAUCGGUCAAAAAAAUCACUCUGUAUUCUAAUCGCUUUGCACAUGACAAGUUGGAUUAUAGCUGAUGUGCAAUGCUGGAGUAUAAGGCGAACAAGAAGAAAGACUUUUGUUCUGCAUGGGAAAUAAUUUGAGCUCAGCGUGACCAAAGACAAUGGCAUGAUUGACUCGAGUUUUAAUUGAACGAUGCAGGCCAGGAUGUUCUUGAAUUGUCUUUUAUUCAAAUGAAGACUGCAAAACAUUACAGAGGAAGACUGCAUGACUACAUUUUCAGACAGAGACACGUGACAUGAAUAUAACUGCAUCUACCUUUUUUGAAGCAUGGAACAAUGAAUGUCUAUGAAUGAAUGAAUUCGGUCUAUUAUCCAUGUAGGGCCAUGUUUUCACAUCAACUUAUUAAAAUUGGCUAUUUGCACAACACUCAUAAUUUUAAAGGAGGUUAAAGUCACACAUUCUGAAAGAAAAUUACAAGAGUCAAUUUAAACGGAAUCUACAGGUAUCUGCUUGUAUCUGUGUACAGGGUAGCUUUAGAUAAGUGGUGUGGUACGGUGGUUUUGUAAGAAAAGAAAAUAUUGCUCCAAAAUAUUUGGAUGUAUUAAUGAUUCUAUUGUAAUUUUUUUUUAAACAAAACACAAAUGUCAUUAAAUUUCCAUGUAUUUCAGUCAUGGUGUGCUUUAUUUGAACGAAAAUAACCAGGAUGUUUAAUAAUGGUAUAUUCAAUACCACGGAUUUCAGGGUGACUGUUUAAGGUGCUCCAUUCGGAUGCAUAUUAAAGCGUUCACGUUCCUCAGUGGUCAUUUGACAUCACAGAGGAGCGCCACGCCUCGAAGAAUCCAAUGUUCUGGAGCAAGUGUGGUCUUGAGGUCGACUGCUGCAAUGUAGUUCAUGUCUGUCCUAACUGGCUUUUUGUAGAUUGGGCAAGAGUAAAGGCGACUGUCUUUGAUACCUGCAACAUGUGGGCAAAAGAAAAGACAAAUAAUAUGUAUUAGUAUUAAACCUAA